AUAGAUUCUAAUCUCAGUAUCCAGUAAUAACCAUAUGACUGUAUGCACUGCAGGUGGAAAUGAGUUCUCAACAGUUUCCUCGGUUAGGAACUCCUUCCACUGGGCUAAGCCAGGCUCCUUCCCAGAUCGCUAGCAGUGGUUCUGCAGGACUGAUAAACCCAGCAGCUACAGUCAACGAUGAAUCUACUCGAGAUGCUGAAGUCACUGCCAGGGAGCACGUGGGUUCCAGCAGCUCCCUCCAGGCCCGUGAAGAGAAGCAAGAGCCCGUUGUGGUGAGGCCCUACCCACAGGUGCAGAUGCUGUCGACACACCAUGCUGUCGCAUCGGGCACCCCUGUCACUGUGACAGCCCCACCAGCACAUUUGACGCCUGCAGUGCCACUCUCAUUUUCGGAGGGACUCAUGAAGCCGCCUCCGAAGCCCACGAUGCCGAGCCGCCCCAUUGCUCCUGCUCCACCUUCUACCUUGUCACUGCCUCCCAAGGCCCCAGGCCAGGUCACAGUUACCAUGGAGAGCAGCCUCCCGCAGGCCUCAGCCAUUCCCGUGGCAACAAUCAGUGGACAACAGGGCCAUCCCAGUAACCUGCAUCACAUCAUGACCACCAAUGUGCAGAUGUCCAUUAUCCGCAGCAGUGCUCCUGGGCCCCCUCUACACAUUGGAGCUUCUCAUUUACCUCGAGGUGCAGCAGCUGCUGCUGUGAUGUCUAGUUCUAAAGUAACCACAGUCCUGAGGCCGACUUCCCAGUUGCCAAAUGCAGCAGCAGCUCCAUCAGCAGUCCAGCACAUCAUUCACCAGCCAAUUCAGUCUCGUCCACCUGUGACGACUUCUAAUACCAUCCCUCCUGCUGUGGUAGCAACUGUCUCAGCCACCAGAGCUCAGUCUCCAGUCAUUACUACAACAGCAGCACAUGCUACUGAUUCAGCACUUAGUCGGCCAGCUUUGUCUAUCCAGCACCCACCAUCUGCGGCCAUCAGCAUUCAGCGCCCCCCCCAGUCACGGGACGCAGCAACAAGAAUCACACUGCCCUCGCACCCUGCCUUAGGGACACCAAAGCAGCAGCUUCACACCAUGGCUCAGAAAACAAUCUUCAGCACGGGCACCCCAGUAGCUGCGGCGACAGUGGCACCUAUUUUGGCGACCAACACAAUCUCUUCAGCGACCACAGCCGGAUCUGUGUCACACACACAAGCCCCCACGAGUACAAUUGUUACCAUGACAGUGCCCUCCCAUUCAUCCCAUGCUACUGCUGUGACCACCUCAAACAUCCCAGUUGCUAAGGUGGUGCCUCAGCAGAUCACACACACUUCUCCUAGGAUCCAGCCUGAUUACCCCACGGAGAGGAGCAGCCUGAUUCCCAUCUCAGGACAUCGGGCCUCUCCAAAUCCUGUAGCCAUGGAGACUCGCAGUGACAAUAGACCGUCUGUUCCUGUCCAGUUCCAGUACUUUUUGCCAACAUACCCACCUUCUGCGUACCCACUGACGGCACACACUUACACCCCAAUCACCAGCUCCGUGUCCACCAUCCGACAGUAUCCAGUUUCAGCUCAGGCUCCAAACUCUGCCAUAACAGCUCCGACUGGUGUUGGGGUGGCAUCUACAGUUCACCUAAACCCCAUGCAGUUGAUGACAGUGGAUGCAUCUCAUGCUCGACAUAUUCAGGGGAUCCAGCCUGCACCCAUCAGUACACAGGGGAUCCAGCCAGCCCCCAUUGGGACCCCAGGAAUACAGCCAGCACCAAUUGGCACACAGGGCAUUCACUCAGCAACCCCACUCAGCACCCAAGGACUUCAGCCUGCAGCAGUGGGGACUCAGCAGCCUCCGCCUGAAGGCAAAACUUCAGCAAUGGUGUUGGCAGAUGGAGCCACAAUCGUAGCCAAUCCUAUUAGCAGCCCAUUCAGUGCUACUCCAGCAGCAACCACUGUGGUGCAGACCCACAGCCAGAGCGCCAGCACCAGCGCCCCCGCCCAGGGCUCCUCCCCCCGGCCGAGUAUCCUUCGGAAGAAGCCUGCCACAGAUGGAAUUGCAGUUCGGAAAACUCUCAUUCCUCCUCAGCCUCCUGAAGUAGCUAGUCCUCGAGUGGAGGGCUCCAUGCGGAGCACAUCCGGGUCCCCGAGGCCUGCAGGUGCCAAACCUAAGUCAGAAAUCCAUGUAUCAAUGGCCACUCCAGUCACUGUGUCCAUGGACACUGUGUCCAAUCAGAAUAAUGAUCAACCCACCAUUGCAGUCCCUCCCACUUCUCAGCAGCCUCCACCAGCCAUUCCAACCAUGAUUGCAGCUAGUCCCCCGUCACAGCCUGCGGCUGCCCUCUCCACCAUGCCGGGAGCCGUUCCCAUCACUCCACCUAUCACCACCAUCGCAGCUGCCCCCCUGCCUGCAGCAGCUGUAGGUGGCAAUCCCUCCUCGAUUUUGGGACCUCCUGUACCUGAGAUAAAAGUUAAAGAAGAAGUGGAACCAAUGGAUAUCAUGAGACCAGUUUCUGCAGUUCCUCCACUAGCUGCCAGCACCAUGUCGCCAUCUCUUGCAUUGCUGGCUAACAACCUGUCCCUGCCCACAAGUGACCUACCACCUGGUGCCUCCCCGAGGAAAAAGCCUCGGAAGCAACAGCAUGUGAUUUCCACAGAAGAGGGGGACAUGAUGGAGACAAACAGCACUGACGACGAGAAGUCCACAGCCAAGAGUCUCCUGGUGAAGGCAGAGAAGCGCAAGUCUCCUCCCAAGGAGUACAUUGAUGAAGAAGGAGUGAGGUAUGUCCCUGUGCGUCCAAGACCUCCCAUUACUUUGCUCCGUCACUAUCGGAACCCCUGGAAAGCUGCUUACCACCACUUUCAGCGAUACAGUGACGUCCGGGUUAAAGAGGAGAAGAAAGCCAUGCUGCAGGAAAUUGCCAGCCAAAAGGGAGUGUCCUGUCGUGCCCAAGGCUGGAAAGUCCACCUCUGUGCUGCCCAGUUGCUACAGCUGACGAAUCUAGAGCACGACGUUUAUGAAAGGCUCACCAGCCUCCAGGAAGGGAUCAUCCCCAAGAAGAAAGCGGCGACUGACGACGACCUGCACCGCAUCAACGAACUCAUCCAGGGGAACAUGCAGAGGUGUAAGCUGGUGAUGGAUCAGAUCAGCGAGGCCAGAGACUCCAUGCUGAAGGUUCUAGAUCAUAAAGACCGUGUCCUGAAGCUUCUCAACAAGAAUGGGACUGUCAAGAAGGUAUCGAAACUGAAGCGAAAGGAAAAAGUCUAGACCCAGGAGGCAGGGCUGUGGAGACGAGUUGGUGAAGAAAGAUGCGGGCGGCGGAGGGUUUGGCUGUCUCCAAGUGGAACAUUGAGGUGAAGGCAGCGCUCCUUAGUGCCCACGCGCAGGCAGAGCGCCUGGCGUCGGUGUCACGGAGGGUCAGCGCUGAGUGACUCCUCAGUGCACUGUCAGCAGGGACUCCUGGGCCCAGGGCUGCCCGCUGGAAUCAGUGGGCGGUGAGGGCUGGAUUUGUCAGCUUUCCGGUUUAAAACUGUUCACCUGAUGAGUCCUGUCGGCCUGCGCUGAGCCUGGGCUGGGAGUAGCCCCUGGACCGCUGUUCUCAUCCACACAGAAGCCCCCCUCCCACUGCCUUGAUUCUAUCCACCUUUCUCAGCUGCGCCAUGGCACUGAGAACGGCACAUCUCACACUCUAAGGGGUUUGAACUAUCAAUUAUUGUCAUUUUUAAGAACCAUUUCAAAGUGAAACUAUUCUAUUCUGUCCUGCGUGUGUCCAUUGGGUUUUGUGGAGGCUCGGAGCAGGCAGCACCACGAAUGGCCCUGAGGUCCCCGUUCUGAAGCGGCUCUUGGUUGUCUGUGCUGCUGCGGCCGGUGUGACACCAUUAGCUGUAUGUGCCACACAUCUCCCAAGGUCAAUAAAGGACUCGCGGGGUUUCGUACAUGAGCAUCUGAGUGGUUUUGGAGUCAGUGCUGCGCUGAACGCCACAGGCUUACUGACCCCCUGGUCUUGUGGUCAUAGUUACUGCUUCCUGGUAACUAGCUCGACGGGUGCGGUAGCCCAGGCGUCCCUGGGCACCUGCACCCUGUCUCCCACCCAGCCUGGGUUCUGCUGGCUACACCUGUAGUUCCAGUUGCCACCCUGGGGCUGGCACUCCUCCCUUUGCCCUGAUCUCAGCAAACUUGAGACCGCCGGUGCCGAUGCUGACAGGCCUCCCUGAGCAGCCUUCCUAGACCUAGAGCCGAAGGUCUCACCUGGGAAGGGCUGAAAGAGAGGCUUUUGGCUUCUGGUUCGGAGACAGGCCUGCACGACCUUGGGGAGAAGUCCUUGGAGCAGGCGAGCUGCUCCCCCUGGGGCUCCGUGGGGCGUGGAGCCCACGUGGAAAACACUGCUGCUUGUUAGGCACCGGCUGGUGUGCCUGCUGAGGAGCACCCCCGCUUCUCCGCUCCAGGCACAUGGCCCUGUGGCUGGUGGGGGUGCUGGCCAGUGGAGGGCCGUCUCGGGCAUUAGGGACCCUGCUUCACAAGCCUGUUCUCCAAAGGAUCAGCCCCUUCAUUUAAACAAGACUUGGGUCACCUGUCAGAGGACGCCCGGCAGCGCAGGCCUCGCUGUCAGCGCAGGCAGAACAAGUGUGCGUUUGCCUCCACCUUUUGAGGGAGCACAGUCAGAAGCUGGGAGAGCGGGGAUGCAUCUUGCCUUUGUGCACAACGUUAUUAAACAGUUUUGUUGAAAACUAACUGGUAUACAAUAAACGAAACAUUUUAAAGUAU